CAACAUCGCCUUUUUUAUGAAACUAUACUACUAUACUCCGCAUGAUACCAUGCCAUCAAGGUUCGCCUCGCUCCGUCUUCACAAACGAUAGACGCCCGUCUAUUGGUAGCACCACGCGGGCUGCCCGGCUACCUGCAUGCAUUAGAGCCCCGAAUCUGGACAUCCGAAUGCACAUGGCUUCACUAUGAAGCCCCUGCUGCGCCGAUCCACCGAGCCUUGCCAUUCACACCAAGACACGUAGGACAGAAUUCCGACUGCUUGGCCCGCAACCUGAUAGGAUCGCAAUAGCGUCUAGGCAGCCACUCCAUUCAUUGAAUAUCUCGGUGAAGGCGCGACGACAGACCAAUAGAUGUUCUCGAAGAUACACCCUCGGCUUUCUCUCUGGACCAAUAUCUUAGAUAUCCCAAAUGGUUUUCACCGGCCAAAAGGGCAAGAUCUUACGACUUGGUUGCCGCAUACCAUCGAUGCAAUGCAAUACGACACCGAAUUAGUCGAGGAUUAUAACCUAGCCAGUAAAAUACAGGCACGUACUGAGACCUUCAAGCCCGAUUAAUUCUGAAAGGUAAUUGAAUCGACGUAAACGAGGCUGCCACGAGAGCACAUUCUAGUGUUACCCUGUUCAAUUGUUGAAAGAGGGCAGGCGCCGCAGCCUCGUUCCAUAUCAGACGGUGUUCUUUUUGUUAUCAAAAGACCAUCGAGGGGGCCUUUCAAAGUGCAAUAUUAUAUUCCCUAAAUCAGUUCUUGACGCGAAAUUCUGGAUUGUAAUCCCUAAAUAAUCUUGUAAUUAGCUUUACCUAUCACCCCAUGUUACAGAAUCACCAUUCGGUCAGGGCGCUUAUAACAAGGCACGAUCAGGAACGAACCUCAUUUCAAUCUGGUGUCAACAACUUGGCACGGAGCUUCUCAAAAUCUAUUAGACUUGGUCGAACCUCUAGUCAACAGGAUAGCACAACGACGAAUACAAGAAUGUCUCCUCUGCGAGAUUCGCGGCGAGCGGCUCGACGCUCUUCUUUAGCUCCAGAUGGUGGGGAACAACAUGAUACCAACGGGCAUACCAGUACUCAACCUAGCAAUACCACCAGUCGUCAACGAGACGAUAUGUCUUCCGCUGCCGAAAUUGAAACAUACAUAGGCCCUUUAACUAAGGAACUUCGCGCGGCGUCUCAGCAGCUGUUAAAUGCUGAAAAGGCGGUUAAAGCCGUCAGUGAUUCAUGUAUUCAAUAUGCAGACGAGAUCACUCAAAUACCACUGGUACAAAAGAGAUUUGAAGAGCUAAGGGGACAGAUUGUAGACAAAGACGCAACGAUAUCAAAUCAAAAGAUUGCAUUGGACGUUUUAGAGCAGAGGGCUUCUGAUAAAGAACAAGCCGCUAAGAGCGAAGUUGCAGCCAAUCGAGCCGAGAAGGAGAGACUACAGAGCGAAAAGGAAGAUAUUUUGCGUCAAAGGGAAGCUGAUGAUGAGAAGUUGAGGGCUAGAGAGGAAAAACUAAGGGUCGAAGCAGUCAACGAGCUCUCGCGAUUGAAGGGUGUACAGGACAGAGAAUUCAUCGCUCAAAGGAAGAUUCUAGAGAGAGACUUAGAGAAGAAAGAGAAGGAGCAAGCGGGAAAAGUUCGAAAGCUGGAAGCCACCAGCAAAAAGGCUCUUGAUACAAUCAAUGAGCUAAAAUUGCAGGUUGAGACGCAACGUAAUGAGUUGAUAGUCAUGGCUGGAAAAUUUGAGGAUCUGGACAAAGCCAAAGACAUGUAUAAAAUGGAAAAGGAACAACUUGCUAUGAAGUUGGAAGAUCUCCAGAAAGAAUUUUCACUGAGCAGCAAGCCUCUCGAAUAUUACAACGGCGAAUUUCUCAAGAUUUCGACCAAAAUCCAGGCCAUUUCUUCUCAAUACCUAGCUAGAAAGUUAAGUAAUGAGGAAAUGAGAAAUCUACCAGCGAAAAUUUCUGCUUCCGACUCAGCUUUUACUUCUGUUCCUUUGUCCAAUAGUGAAACGUCGUUGCAACUUAGAACUGCCCAUGCCCAGCGAGUGAUCUCAGACGCCGUAUACAAUACAGUCUGGCGUCAUUUCUCUUCCGAUAUAACGUCGGAUGACUUGAGAUUAUCUACAUUUAUUGAAAAAAUGGGAUCCGCAGUGGCCAAAUCUGAUGGUAGCGGUCGUUCUGCAGACGUCUGGAGAGCGGUCACAGUACGAACACUUGAAUCCUUGUCCACAACUGAAACACGACGUCAGGAGGGUAUCCUACAGGAGGCGGGUACAGCAAAGUCUUUCAAGUGCAGGGAAGACAAGCUUGUCAACCUUGUUCUCUCGAUUCUCGGUUCGCUGGUUGAUCCACCGAGUUUACCUCAGUUCAAAGCCGACCUUUUGGAUAUUGCAAGAGAUGCAAUAUCAGUCUGGACGUCUGCUCAAUCCGAUGAACGAACGUUCACCAUCAAUUCUACACUCAAUCAAGAAAACAAACGCGACUGGAAUGUCGCAGCGCUUGACUAUGACUCCUUGUAUGCUGAUGGUGGCCCUCAACAAGUAGUUGAAUCGAAACCAUUCACAGAAGUUUUUACGUUGUUUCCAAUAAUUAUUGCCACGAAGCGGGUUCAGGCCCCAAAAGCAGCAACUGGUCCCCCUGGCAGCUGGCCUGAACAAGACCAGCAGGCUUUGGGUAAAGAAGUUACACUUAUCCAUAAUGGACUCGGGCUUCCGCAGGAGUCGGAGAUGGUCCAGAGGGGAAUCGAGGAAGUGGAGGACAAGAAGAGGCUGAGGCUAGAACUUGACGAAUUGUUGGUGCAGGAAAUGGCCGAGAAGGGUAGAGGGCAUAGUAGGAACAACUCUACAGUUGUGACCGCAUCUGGGCCGUCAAGCCCAAUCCAAAGAUGGUCAGAGAAUAGGCGUAAUGGACACCCGACUGAGAUUUGAACGAGUAGAGAUCAGCAAACUCGUGGAGCUCGCCAUACGUUAUAUUGUAAUAGAUACUAUGGCAAUAUUUCUCGUUUCUUUCAUUGGUUUUUCAUAGUCUGGCCAAGCAACGGGAU